GAUUUGUUUACUUUUCAAACUUUAAGGUCAGUUUAUAUAUUGUGACCAUAACAAUUUAAUUAUUUCACUGUAAAAUGAAUUCACUUCAACAUUUACGUAAAUUCACAAAAUUUCCACCUAGAAGAAGAGUUGUGGUUACGGGGUUGGGUGUAGUUUCACCACUAGGAACAGGAACAGAACUAGCAUGGAAGAAUCUUCUAAAGGGUCAUUGUGGUAUAGUAGCACUUAAAGAAGAGGGAUAUUCUAAAUUACCAAGUAGAAUAGCAGGAAUUAUACCCAUUGAGCCAGACACUGACGUAGGGAAAGCAUUGUCCAAGUCAAAUCUGAAAUUAAUGGCACCAGCCACUUGUAUAGCGCUUAUUGCAACUUCUGAAGCAUUGAAGGAUGCUAACUGGUUGCCAGAAUCUGAUACAGAUAGAGAAGUGACAGGAGUUACACUUGGUAUGGGCAUGAUAGAUCUAAAGGAUGUUUGUGAUACAAAUAAUGCCCUAGGAGUAGGUUAUAAUAAAGUAAGUCCAUUUUUUGUGCCAAGGAUAUUACCAAAUAUGGCUGCAGGGCACAUAAGUAUAAAGUAUGGUUUCCGUGGACCUAACCAUGCUGUUUCAACAGCUUGUGCAACCGGUGCUCAUUCUAUUGGUGAUGCUUUCAGAUUUAUCAGAAAUGGUGAUGCUGAUGUCAUGGUCAGUGGUGGUGCAGAGGCUUGUAUCAGUCCUUUAGCUAUAGCUGGAUUUUGUCGCCUAAGAGCCUUGAGCACUUCAUUCAAUGAUAAUCCUCUAAAAGCAUCUAGACCUUUUGAUAAGCUGAGAGAUGGGUUUGUUAUGGGCGAGGGAGCUGCCGUCUUAGUUUUAGAAGAAUAUGAACAUGCUUUGAAAAGAAAUGCAAAAAUGUAUGCUGAAAUAUUAGGAUAUGGUUUGUCUGGGGAUGCUGCUCACAUCACUACUCCUAGAGAAGAUGGCAGUGGUGCUAUUUUGUCAAUGAACAGAGCACUCCGAGAUAGUGCAGUACAGCCUAAUGAAAUCUCAUACAUAAAUGCACAUGCUACUUCUACACCAGUAGGGGAUGGCAUUGAAUCCAUUGCCAUUAGGAGACUUUUUAAAGAAAAUAUUAAAGACAUGAUGGUAUCUUCUACUAAAGGGGCGCAUGGACAUUUAUUAGGUGCUGCUGGAAAUUUAGAAGCAGUCUUUACAAUACUAGCUUGCUAUCAUGGGAUAGUACCACAAACCUUAAAUCUGGAUGAUCCAAUUGAUGAUUUAAAUUAUGUUGCUAAUAUGCCACAGGAAUGGCCUAGAGAAAGGAGAGUUGCAUUGAAAAAUUCUUUUGGAUUUGGUGGUACAAAUGCAACACUUUGUAUAUCAAGUAUUUGAUCAACAUUGUUAUAAUUCAAGACAAUAAUGUGAUAAUUUCAUAGCUUAUAAUUUAUUACAAAAUAAGAAAAAGUUCUAUGUAAAUACCAAUGUUAUGAAAUAAAAGCAUAAUAAAGA